GACUUAGACAUUUUAAUAAUUUUUUUCAUCACUUUUAACGUAAAUGGCGGGGGAAAACUAAGGAUAUUUUUCAUGAUUUCUUUUAUUUGUAUUUAUAUCUUAACCCACAUGACAACAAUAAUCCCAUAAUUAAAGCAGCAAAGGUGGAUUAGUGAACAGCUUUGAAGAAGUGUGUUGUAGCUCAUUAGCAUCUUUAAUCAUCUGGAAAUGCUGCAGGAAAUCCGGCAGGUGCUGCGGCUCGUCGUGUUAAUGAGCAAGCAGGGACGACGGCACGGUUCAGGGAGUACCGGAGGCCUCCUCAUCCUCCUGUGGGAUGAAGAAGCAGGGGCUCAAAGGUUAAACUGCACCGUUGCAGCUGCUGGAUCCUGGUGUUCAGGCGUUGAAAUCAAAGCUCUUCAGCUUGAUUUGAAGGGCCGCAUGUUCCCCCAUGUUUCUCCAAGUCUGGAGCCUGACCCUGAAGAUCUGAUUCCCUUCACUGAGCUGCAUGGGUCGCUCAGAUUACUGCUGUCUUUUCAGAUGAAAGACGCGAGACAUUGGCCUUCAGAUUGGCAGUCAGAUGUUGAGGCAGUUCUUCAGGCAUUCAGCUUGGCUAAUGCUGGGAUACAAAUCCACCUUAAGCUGAAAUUUGCUCAGAAGACGUCUGUGCGUGACUUCAGAGCAAAGAUAAAGGCUAAAGUGUCACGUGCAGACCAGCCACCUCUCCUGUUAGAUGUUUCUUGUCCUGAACAAAAGCGAUGGUUCCUCUCAAAACCUCAUGGAUGGGCGAAGAGGGCGAGCUGGUGUCAGGGAGGACAUCCUGUGGACGGGGGCAGGUUGCCACUCGGUAUCCCACCCCAGGCCAUGGAUGGAGGACUGCUGGGGGAUCUCAGUGUUCGUCUUGUAACGCUACUGCAUCCGUGUGUGCUGCAAUACCCCAACAUGCCCACAGAGUUAAAAAGCAUCAAAGUGUUGGUAUACAACCCCUGUAAUAUUCCAGUGUCGGGUCCCUCUGGCUUCUUCCAAACCCUCCCUUCCUCCAUGGACUGUCAGCACCUGGGUCUGCGAGGACUGCAAUGCCCCGCCCACAAAGAUCCAGAGUUCAGAGUUGGUACUGUGUUCACCACUGAGCAAUGGGAAAAUGAAAAGAAAUGUGACGAUGAAGAGCAAGAAUCCAGUCACCUGCCAGUUCAGCAGAGUCUCCUGCUCUUCCUCCUCUUGCAACACAGAAACCCCUUCUGCUCCCACCUGUCUGAUUUUGUAGCCGCUGACAUGCUGAUAGAGCACCACCUGGAGGAGAUUCUGUGCAACAACAAGCCGGCUGUCAUGGCAGCCAUACGAACGGAAAUCGGGAACGCCAUGAAAGCUCAAAAUCAAAGGAAAAAGCAACAAGAGAAGCUGAAUUCAGCGGCUGAGGUGAUUCUCAGUUCCACCAUGAGUAUUGUUAGCUGCAGCAGCAACGUGGACUUCAGAAACGCCUGCUUUGACCUCAUGAAGGUAGCCGACACUCAUGCGUUGUCAUCCCACCUGGGUGAGUCACUCCGGCGAGUGAUGUCAUGGAGAUUCCUUCCCGUGGGCAGAUGUUAUUCCACUCAGAUGGAGGAAAAUCUUUUACAUCACGGGUCUACAAAGUCGGAAAUCUGAGGAUGCUGUUUUUUUUUUUUCCUUGAAAGGUUUUUGUGGAGUUCAGACGAGUGACCUGUAAUUUAUUUUGUCUAUAAUAUGCUGUAUUUACCUUGAAUAAAGAAAGUGGCGUGAAAAAA